AUGGCACGACCAUUAGCAAAAAUAUGUGACAUCAAUGACAGCAAAGAACUUUGGAAAGUUUCUGGUGGAGACAUACAUGUUGUUGUUCCUGCACCUCAUGUAUCUCUUUUUUCUGAAAAAAUGGUCUUGGAUCAUAGUUACACUGUUUCCAAUUUUAAGGUUCAGGCUAAUGUUGCGGCUUUCAGACCUUCGUCUCAUAAGUUUAUGUUGAAGUUUACUGCUGGCACUACGGUUACGGAUGAUAACAACGCUGAAAUACCUCCAAAGCCGUUGGUGUUUACUAAAUUUACUGAUAUAAUAAACGGCAACUUUAACAAGGAUAUGCUAAUAGAUGUCAUUGGUAUGGUGGAAAGUAUUGGGUAUUCACAGACAACAUCAGGUGCCCGGAAGCAGCAGAUUAACAUGAUGCUGCGUGACGGGGGUGAGACUACUAUUAAUUGCACGCUUUGGGAAUCCUAUGCUGAACAAUUCAUGAAGUUCAAGCAGGAGCGCGAAGAUGAUUCUGGUCCUAUUUUUGUCAUGAUUCAAUAUGCUAAAGUCAAGGAACAGGGUAAGUUUCCACUGUCCGUGACAAACACGUUUAAUGUUACCGUCCUUGGUCUGAAUACUGAUUUACUGCCGAUGAAAGAGUUUAUAGAAAGGAUUCCAUGA